AUAGCCGCAAAAUAGCCUCCCUUCAGUCUUAAGUGAGAGUUCUCCUGUUCGGAAGGACGACGUCCUCCUCUCCUUGCAACACUCCCUCCUCUGCUAGAAGAUGGCUUCAAACAAGAAGAUCAUCAACAACACGCUGGAGAAUCUUUCCACGGCCAACUUUGAGAAGUUCUGCCAGGCCCUGGUGGACCGCCGCGGGGAGCGGAGAGUCCCGGUCAGCAAGGUGGAGGGAAAGAACUUUCUGGCGGUCACCAACGUGCUGGUGUCCACCUUCACCGAGGCAGAGGCUCCGGCGGUCACGUCGGAACUCUUGAGGGACAUCGACUGCAUGGAGGACGCAGAAAAUCUUGAUGCCCAGUGCACAGUCAGUGCAGGACGCCCGGCCGGAGGCGCAGGUGGCGUCAGUACGAGAUCAAGCGUUGACAACGAUAAUUCAAGCAAAGGACAGCACUUUGUGGAUAAACACAAGACGGAGCUUAUCAAGAGAGUGACCAACAUUAGUGCCAUUCUGGAUCAACUCUUGGACAAGAAAGUCAUCCAGGCUGAAGUCUACGAACUGAUCCUAAGGAUGAACGUCAGCCAACAAAAGAUGAGGGAAAUCUACUUGCGGGCUCUCCAGUCCGGCAACAAGGCCAAGGACGUCUUCUUGGAAAUCCUGGAGGAGCAGGAGCCUUACCUGGUGGAAGACCUCAGGCAGAACAAGUAGAGCCAGCUAUCAGUUCCUGUGGUAUUGCUAAGCAACGUCUUCUCUGCUCUCUCUUUUAGAUCCGAUCUGUCUCUCCUCUGAUCAUUUUAUACGGCGACUAACUACAGUAGUACCUCAACUCACGAGCUCAAAUGUUUCUACCAUCGAGAUUCGAAACAACAGAAUCUUUAAUCAGCGUCGGCCAGUGAAAUGAACUUAAACCAAACUCAUCUGUGUUUAGUCCUAGCGAAAUUCCAACACGCCUUUUAAAAAAGAAAACCAACUUUUCGAUAAUAAUUAUUGUAUGAAAACCAAAAAAUAGUAGUUUUGUGAAUGUAAAAUUGUACAUUAUCACUUGGGCUUCACUUGACUGAUGUGGACUUUGGACUGUUGUGGACUUUGGACUGCUUCUCCACAGUGUAACAAUGGACAAUUGGUAUUGUUCGUGUUGCACACCUAUGUAUUUAGGUGACGGACCGCAGAGGUCAAAGGCAACAAGAAGUGAUAUGUAUGUCUACAUGGGGCUCGGUGAGCAAGGCACGAACGUUCCCACUUUCGGUGGUCGGGGAGGGCAGGAUUGUGUCGAUCUCUAGACAGUAGCUUGUAUAUUAGAAAAUUGGUAAGUUGAAGUACGACUGUACUACUAAUGCUAGACAGAAACGGGUAUUUAUCGCUCUUUUUAGAACUUCCACUUUCGUGUUUUAUGUGCCACUUUCUUUAACACGAAGUCUUAAAGUAUUUUAAUCUUGCCUGUCAACCUUACCGUUUUUGCUGGGAAAUCCUGUUUUUGUCCUUCAUUCCGUUCCCGUUUCCUUACUUCAGGGAUGCCAACUGCUGCAUGGGUCAGCUGGAGAGGGUCAGAGCUGUGCAUAGCGAGAGUAGGGUCAACUGGGUUUCCAAGUUGGUAGCAAACAUGGCGCCCUGUAGUCACGUGAGGGGCUUUUGACCAAUCAUUCAGGAGAUCCUCUGGCCAUACUCACACAUUCACAGGUUGCUAUGCUACCUUCUUUGAAACCGAGUUGGCCAUACUCGCUGGAGUGGAUAGUGCAGUGGUUAGCAACACUUUCUUGUAACGCAAUGGACCUGACUUCAAGUCUGCGACAUGUUUUUUAAUUGAUUUAACAGCUUUUUUGUGAUGAAAAUGAAAAUCCCUUAUUUUUACCCAUUUUCCAGAGAAAUUUCCCAUGUUUUGAAACGCAAAUGUUGUCAGGUAUGGCUUUAACUUGCAUUGCUUUGCUUAAUAAUUACAAUGAUAUUUCUUAACGCAGGGGUGUCUAAACUACGGCCCGAAGUCUUCAAAUUGGCUCGCGAGACGGAAGCUUGCCCGCAGGGAGAAUGCAUUCAUUUUAAAAGUCUAACAUUUUAAAAUGAAUGUCAAUGACCUUUAAUUAUGCACUGAAUCCACAGCAUUUAUUUAUAUGACCCAAUGCUAACAACCUUCCCGAGUCAUGUUGCAAAAAAAAAUCCAACCAACACAAAAUGACAUGGUCACAGACAUGGUCACUGAACUUUGUGGAUAUUAUAUAAAAAAAAAAGAAGUGCAUUCACCAUAAAAAAUUCUUAAAUUACAGCCAUUACACACUUAUCCAUGUUUGACGCAUUUUAGCUGCUUGAUAUUUCUGAUUGAUUGCAAAACUUUAAGGAGUUCGUCACGGAUGUAGGUAGGAGUCGAACUUUCACAUACUCUCAAUGUCCAAUUAUAUUAAUUCAAUAUCCAUUAUAUUAUUAUAAUAUAUACACAUAUAAGUGUAUAGGCUAUAUAUGUAUAGGGUAUAUAUAUAUGUAUAGAGAGAGAGAGAGAGAGCCUAUACACACACACACACAUAUAUAAGUAUAUAUAUAUAUAUAUAUAUAUAUAAUUUUUUUUCGCACAAUGCCACCCCCAAGUCAAAAAGUUUGGACACCCCUUUCUUAACGCAUUUACACCUUACUUAAUUAUCUGCCAGAUGCAACAAAUCCUUUUUGCACGUAUGAAAAAUCUUACUUUUAUACUUCCUAAUGUGGGAGUUGGCUACAACUAUCAGGUAUUACUGGUUGCAUGUGAAUCUGUCCAUUAAAAUGAUUCUUUGUGACCUUAAA